AUGAAAAAAUUCAAUGAACAGCAGUUUUUACAAGACCUAGGAACUCAAACAUGGGAACAUGUCUAUUUUUUUGCAGACAAUCCUGACACUAUGUGGGAAAUUUGGAAACAACUUUUCUUACAAGUCCUAGAUAAACAUGCCCCAAUUCAAAACAAAAAAACAAAAUCUAAAAAAAAUCCUUGGAUUACUAGUCAUAUAAAAAAACUAAUAAUUGCAAGAGAUAAUUUGAAAAGAAAAGCAAGUAUCACUAAACUUGAAACAGAUUGGGAUAACUAUAAAAAAGCCAGAAAUGAAACAAACAAUCUUCUAAGACAAACCAAAAAGGAAUAUUAUUCCAAUAAAAUAGCGACUGAAAAGCAAGAUCCAAAAGCUGCUUGGAAGACAAUUAAUACCUUACUUGGUAAACAAAAUCAAAGAACUAAAGUAAACGAAUUAAACUUAAGUGGCAUAAAAUUAACAAGCCCUGAUGAAAUUUCUGAGGGCUUCAAUACCUUCUUUUCAAAUAUUGGACCGAAUUUAGCGGAAGAAAUUAGUACACCAGAAUGUCAUUCUAAAGACUUCCUUGACAAAACUAAUUCUGAAUUACUGCAUUCCAGUCAGUUACUGUUAGUCAUGUUUGUCUUUUAUUACGUGAACUGUCUGGUAGCAAAGCUACUGGCCUAG